AUGGAAGGUGAGAAGCCAGCCCUCACGAAAAUCCCCCACUGGAGACAAGUCACCGAUCCAGGCGCCGUCACCCCCGAGAUCAUCAACUACCCUUACCCUGGAUCUGGGACAGAAGAGGAUCCUUACCUUGUACAAUGGAUCCCUAACGACCCCCGAAAUCCCAUGAACUACUCCGCCGUCAAAAAGUGGUCUAUUACCUUCGUUGUCGCAAUUGCCACCCUUGCCGUCGCUUUGAUAUCAUCCGCAUAUACUGGAGGUGCUAUCGAGAUCGCUAAAGAAUUCCAUGCGGACACAGAGGUUAUCACACUUGGAGUCUCACUGUUCGUGCUUGGUUUCGCAAUUGGCCCGUUAAUAUGGGCUCCCAUGAGUGAACUUUUUGGCCGCCAGGUUCUUUUCUUCGGCACCUAUCUUGCCUUGACUGCUUUCAAUGCCGGUGCCGCUGGCAGCAACAGCAUGACAACCUUGCUUGUCCUUCGAUUUUUUGCCGGCUCCUUCGGCUCAUCCCCUUUGACAAACGCCGGCGGAGUGAUUGCCGACAUGUUUCCAGCCUCCCACCGAGGUUUAGCCAUGGGUUUAUUCGCCAUAGCCCCCUUUUUGGGGCCGGUUUUAGGACCUGUAAUUGGCGGUUUCCUCGGUGAGUCGGCCGGCUGGAGAUGGGUAGAAGGCCUACUAGCCAUUUUCUCCGGUGUUGUCUGGAUUAUCGGGUCGAUGCUCCUACCAGAAACCUACCCUCCUGUCCUCCUCCGAAAGAGAGCGCAACGACUUUCAAAAAUAACUGGGAAAGUGUACGCGAGCAAAAUAGAUAUGGACCUGGGAAGACUUUCCAUUGGCCAGGCAUUUAAAACCGCACUCAUGCGACCCUGGGUUCUCUUAUUCCGCGAGCCAAUCGUCUUCCUACUAUCGAUAUAUAUGGCCAUUGUUUACGGCACGCUCUAUAUGCUGUUUUCUGCAUUCCCCAUUGUCUACCAACAAAAUAGGGGCUGGAGCCCCGGUAUCGGUGGUUUGGCAUUUUUGGGAGUCUUAGCUGGCAUUCUUAUUGCGAUGGUUAUCAAUCUCUUAGACAACAAAAGAUAUACAAAGGUUUCUCAGGAACACAAAGGCUUUGCACCACCAGAAGAAAGACUUCCAAUUGCCAUGCUUGGUGGCAUCGCAAUCCCCAUCGGGCUCUUCUGGUUUGCUUGGACCAAUGGACCUGGAAUUCAUUGGAUCGUUUCGAUUAUAGCUUCAGCCCCGUUCGGUUUUGGUAUGGUGCUCGUCUUCCUUAGUCUUAUGAACUAUCUCAUCGACGCAUACACAAUCUAUGCUGCAUCAGUCCUCGCCGCGAACUCAGUCCUUCGGUCACUCUUUGGCGCCGCAUUUCCGUUGUUUACCCGAUACAUGUAUCAGAAUCUGGGAAUUCACUGGGCUUCCACCAUCCCUGCCUUCCUAGCACUUGCAUGCGUCCCCUUCCCAUUUUUGUUUUAUAUCUAUGGUUCGCGCAUUCGAAAGCGCUGCAAGUUCGCUGGUGAAGCAGAUGCUUUUAUGCAAAAGCUUAUUCAGUCAAGUUCUGAGAACGAGCAAGAGGUCGAGAGCGAACUAGAGGGGCUUGAAGUACAGCCUACCUCAGCGAGGAGGGACUUAGAGCCGGAGGCACAGGCGAACGCCCUCGCUCAAGUACAGACAGCUAGGUCGGGCCUAACGCGUACCCGAACAGCAGCAACUGUCGAGUACGAGGGAAAUCCCUACGAUAUAGAUCGUGUUAACACCCAACUUUCCAGGGUUAGCACAACAAAAUCUCGAGGCCACUAG